GGGAGGAGCAGAAAUGGCGGACCUGGGGAAGAAGUACUGUGUGAACUGCCUGUCGGACGUGAGCAACCUGCGGAUCCGCUGCACGGACUGUCCGGACAUCGAGCUGUGUCCCGAGUGCUUCUCGGCCGGAGCGGAGAUCGGAAACCACCGCAGAUGGCACGGAUACCAGCAGGUGGACGGAGGCCGGUUCGCCCUGUGGGGAGCCGAGGCGGAGGGAGGCUGGACGGGCAGAGAGGAGCAGAGCCUCCUGGACGCCAUCGAGCAGUACGGCUUCGGCAACUGGGAGGACAUGGCUGCCCAUGUUGGAGCCUCUCGUACCCCUCAGGAAGUCAUGGACCACUACGUCAGCAUGUACAUCCAUGGCAACCUGGGCAAGGCUUGCAUCCCUGAUAGCAUUCCCAACCGCGUGACGGACCACACCUGCCCUGGCGGGGGUCCCCUUUCACCCAGCCUGACCACCCCUUUACCCCCACUGGACAUUUCGGUGGCCGAGCAGCAGCUGCUGGGAUACAUGCCUUUGCGGGAUGACUACGAAAUAGAAUACGACCAGGAGGCGGAGAAGCUCAUAAGUGGGUUAUCGGUCAACUACGACGACGAGGAUGUUGAGAUUGAAAUGAAACGUGCUCACGUGGACAUGUAUGUACGGAAGUUAAGGGAGCGCCAAAGGCGCAAGAACAUUGCCAGGGACUACAACCUGGUUCCAGCUUUUCUUGGCCGGGACAAGAAGGAUAAAGAGCGGGACAAGCAAGGUGGCACUGGAGGAGUCGGGUCAGGAGGUGUCGGAGGCACGGGAUUGGCUGGCGGAAAUGCAACGACUAAUGUUCCGACAAUGACUGGAAGCGCAGGUUCCGUGACUGCAGCAUCAGCUGCAGCAUCUUCGGCACCAAAACGCAAGAUCACAAAGGAAGAACGUGAGCAGCGCACAAAGUUGCGGGCGCUGUGCCAGUUCAUGGCGCACAGGGAGUUUGAGGACUUUUUCGACAACAUGCACAAGGAGCGGGUUUUGCGGGCAAAGGUACGCGAGCUACAGCGCUACCGGCGCAACGGGAUCACUCGGCUGGACGAGUCUGCCGAAUAUGAAGCUGCGAGGCAUAAGCGAGAGAAAAGGAAAGAGAACAAGAGUUCCAAGAGGGGUAGCGGAGGCGGUGGAGGAUUAGGGGGCUCGUCUGGGAUCGGAGGUGGCGGUGCUGGGGCCACAGGAGGCGGAGCAGGCAGUGGAGGGGGUGGGGCCAUCAAAGAGGAAGGGAAAGAUGGUGAAUUUGCAGCGAUCGAGCAUUUACCGGGCUUUGAGCUGCUUUCUGAUCGCGAGAAGGUGCUUUGCAACUCUCUGAACUUGAGUCCCACCCGUUACUUAACCGUCAAGACCAUCAUCAUCAAGGACCAUCUGCAGAAGAGGCAGGGAGUCCCUGCAAAAAGUCGACUGCCUGGCUACCUGGACAAAGUGCUGAAGAGGCGAAUCCUCAACUUUCUCACAGAGAGCGGCUGGAUAUCGCGGGAUGCUGCCUAAUGUUGACUCAAGCCUUAACAACCCUGGAUACUCUUUGUGCUUCUUUUCUACUGUUUUAUUACAAGGCAUUUCACGGACACUUGAAAACUUGGUUGGAUGCAACAGACUUUGGAUCCCCAACGUUCUCACAGAGUGCGCUUGGGUAUUGUGAGGCGCUGCCUAAUGCUAACUGAAGCUUUAGCCACCCUCACAAAUGUGCGUGCUUCUUUUCUACUGUUUUAUAAAGCAUCUCAUUUGAGAAGACCUGGGUCGAGACGUCAGUGUGGCAUCUUACCUCGGUCCCGAUUCUGGUCAUAGGAACGUAAACGAGUAGAAAGAGUUUAACUAGAGAGAAAGUCAAAUUUACAAGAUUUUGAUAAGAAUAUAAGGUUUCAGAGGAAUACGUCUUUAUAUAUUUUUGCUAAUUGAAAGAAGUCCUCAUUGAAGAGAGCGAUCCUCUGGUGCAGGUUUUCUACGGGUUUUGUGUUGAGCUAUCGUCGAAGGUAACCUUUGCUAACAUUGCGUAGCAGUGUUACCCUUUCAAAUUAGCUUCUUUAUGAAUAUGAUGGAGGCUGUUCUGCUUCUCUAAGGAGAAAGCUCCAUUAUAUCCUCCCAAAGAGCAGCGCAGAAAGAGAUAUUAAUCUGCAGAAUGCAGGAGCUUCAUGGUGCAGCCCAAUUUUAUAGAGAACCUCAUUUUGCUAAAAUACUUACUAUAAGCUGAAUGUGUUUGUCCUGGCAGGGUAUUCGAUGAUGCUAAAGUUAAAGCUGUAGAAAGCAGCCUUGAGCUUCUGUAGAGCAUUCCUUUCAUUUGGCAUUAAAGAUUUUUUUUUAUAAAAGCAAAGCUAGAAAAACCGAGAAACCCAAGCACAAAGCAUAAGGCAUGUUCUGUUGGCCAAAAGUCUUGCCUUCUUUUGUGAUCAUUCAUUGUUCUUCCACUUUUCUUGAGAAGGCGAUGUCUUGUCUUUGAUGCUGGGACAGUUUCAUGCAAAUUUACCUGCCUUUGUAAAGCAAAACAGUGUUAAUCAUUGGUUCCUCCUUAUGGAUGCCUGGUUGUGUUCAUGUUUGGUGGUUGUUGCUGUUCUUUUUCCAUGAUUUCUUUCGGUUACUUCACAUACUGCUUCCAUAUGCAUUACUGGAUUUAGCUUCAAGCCUUUACUUCAGUUUUGCCCUUAUUGCACCCCUGGCUUCAGAGAAAUGCCUAUGAAGAGAGACUUUUUUUUUUUUUUUAAAGAGCGACUUUCGUUGACCGUGACAAAUGGUUCCUAGAGGUCCAAAUGAAGGGACUGACUUUAAGCAUCGAUAAAAGCCAAUGAUUCAUGAGCUUUAAAGAUUUGAUUUCCACAUAUUUUUGGAAUUCCUGAACAACAUUUUUCAUUUGGCUAGAAGUGUGGAGGUUUACUGAUAUGUCAGCAUAUUUCAUGCUUGGUGGAACAUGCAGAUUGUAAUUUGGAGGUGCAGAAGAUAAACAACGCAAGCACUGAGCCUUAGAAAAUGUAGCGUAGCUAAAUUUGAUUACGUUUUGGGAAGAAAUUCUUAAUAUAUAUUUAGUUGGUUUGAAAUUUAGACAUACUCAUGUUGCACCUUCCUUGUACAUCCUGUAGAGUGCAUUUUGUAGUGAUCUUGAAAAUAAAGGUUCUUAAAUGGUUCUUAGCUUGGACCAAUGGUUCUAAGAACAAAAUAUUCAGUUGAUAUAGAACCUUUUACGUUAUGUGGACAUUCUUCAGACUUAAGAAGGGGUCUUCGCCCUUGUGCAUCUUAUUUCAAUCGAAAGGUUCAAGUAACCAAAGUUCUGUUAUGGAUUUUGCUCCAAAGGACCUCUUUAACACCUUUAUUUUUAAGAAUGGUUGUUGAAUGCUUGAGUGUUUUUCUGCCUCUAACACACCAGUGUGAUGUCUUCAAGCAGGAUCUUUUGUUUAGCCUGAUCGCUUAAGCCAGGGUUCCUCAAUCCUGGUUCUGGAGAUCUGUGUACCUGCAGAGUUCAGCUCCAACCCUAAUCCAACACACCUGAUCCAGGUAAACAAGGCCUUCAGGGCCAUCUGACUGUAUGAACCAGGCGUGUUGGAUCUGAACUCCACAGGGUGGUAGAUGUCCAGGACCAGGAUUGAGCACUCUGGCUUAAGCUCAAAGUCAUAUCUGUCCAGUAGGAGAAGAGUGGAGGGACAUUCUUGUUGGAUAAGCCUCACCCUUGACUUCAGUUAUCUAGCUUUACUGAGGUAAGCCCACCUGAUUGGGCUCAAAAGGCUAAUUGCCAAGCCCAUUAUAGAGCAUGAGGCUGUUAAAUUUCCCCAAAAAAGCUGGAUAACUUAAGCUAAAACUGAAGUGCAUCCAACAGAAAUGUCCCUCAUCUUUCCUGCUAUUGUACUUGACUUUUGCAGUUAUCUGGCAGACUGCUUUGUGAAAUACCCCCUGACAAAAACACUUAACUGUGGUAGGAUCACAUUGCUUCCUUUUCUUUUCCUGACCCCUGACGUCUGUUAUAAUAUCGCAAAAUUGCUCCUCAAAGCAAUUUUCACAAUAACAACCUGACACCACCUGUAUAAGACAAACAAGGGAGAGAUAUCGGGUCUUGGAAAAGCUCAGCGGUGGAGGAAAGCUGCUCUUUCUCUGUCACUUUUUAAAUGUUUUCCCCAGUUGAGAGCUUUUGUGCAUUUGCCUGGUCGCAGACUCUUUCCUAUUUAAAUGUAAAUGAUGCUGUCUGAAGGGCUGCACGCCUGAAUACAAACGAGGGACGAGGACCAGGGAGAGCAGAGGGAAGAAGUGGACGAGUGUCUCCAUCUCGCAUCCUUUUCUUCCUCACUGCCCUGUUGUCAUAACCUGAGUUUAUGGCUUGUGGGUUCUUUUAAAUAGUUUCCACCCUCUUUUCUUGCUGUUUUGUUCAGUGUACCCAAUGCUGAAGGCAUAAAAGGUCUCAAGCUAUUCACAACAGCUCACCUAGCUCACCGUGGAUGCUGGUGGAGAAUCACUGGGUGACACUACCCCGGAGAGUAUAUCUCAAAGGAGGAUAACUUGAGCCAAAACUCAGGAUUGCACAGCAGGAAUCAGGAGCUCUUGGCUCUCUUCUUUGAUUUUGAGCUUAGGUUAGCUGGCUAACUGAGGGGGUGGAGGCCACAAAGUGGAAUGUUCCAACCAGAGUCCAGAUGUUUGAGUGUGUCUAGUAAGACAAGCGCUAGGUGACAUUUCUGUUGGACAGGCCUCACUUUGGGCUUAAGUUAUCCAGCUUUGUUAAAGAAGCUUGCUGUGUCAAACAGCACCCUGUUUUUGAUCUACAUAUCAGGAUUAGAACCAUUUGGCUAGUUUAAUCCCAAAACUGAAGAUUAUCUAGUAGACACACCACUUAGCUGUUGUUCUAUUCGACAAUCCUCACUUUUGGCUCAAGUUAGGAGGCUAACUGAGACCUCCGGCUACUCAGCACAAAAUAUCAGGUUAACUGUAGGCAGUCAUCUUAGGCUGAACUUAUCCAGUUUUAUUGGAGAACCCUGCCUUGUGAAACACCCUUCCAUCCUCAAGCUGCUUACUCUUUGGCUAUCGUACUUUGGCUUAAGUUAGCUGCCUAACUGACAAGUUCUGUUACUCAGCAUACAAUACUAGGAUUAGAGCUAUAUGGCUAACUUGCUGUUUGGCUAUCCCAAGCCAAAAGGGAGGACUGUCCAACACUGAGGUCGUCUUUUAUUGGAUGGUCCUCGCUUUGGCUUUACCUUUGGUGAUCGGUACAGUAGGUUAGGAUUAAUUCUGUAAUCUGCAGGGCGGCAGAUCUCGAGACUUUGCCAGAUCACUGAGCAUCUCACGUUCAUUGAGAUCCAUGUACUAGUCUAAUGAGAGGCUUUAACCGUACAGUCGGGAGGUCCAAAAGUCAGUCCAGACCACUUUAUUUCUCUUCUGCAGUUCAGGAACUGUAUCCUGGUUUAUUGUUGGUUAGAUGUUUUCAUUUGCCUUAAAGCAUUAUAUUGAUGCUGACUCAGUUCAUCAUAGAUGUUCUUGGACUGUCCAUCACUGAUGAGCUACAGCAGGAUUGUCAGAUGUUGCUCCUUGAUUUGAAACACCUGAUUGGACUCAUAGGCACUUAGGUAAUAUGCUGAAGAGUCAAUGCAGGUGUGAAGCUUCAUAACGGAGAAUUUCUCAUUAGAGCUGGGUAACUUCAGCCCAAAGUGGGGACUGUCCAGUAGAUAACGUCCCUUAGCUCUUCCCCUAUUCAACAGUCAUAACGUUUGGCUUAUUUCUGUGGCAGUGAUCUGAAAAUGACGGCAUGUGAAGCUACCAGGCCGUCAGCCCUCGCAAGCUGGAGUCUAAUCACUAGAUUUCCAUCUUGGCCUGGAAGAACCUUGUGUUUCAGAGUUUAGUGUUUUUCCUCUGGUCUAACAGACCUGAACAGACUCAUCAGCUCAGUGUUUGAUGGAUUAGCAAAAAAAACACUUUUCCCCCUGAAUUGAGUUGGUUAGCCAAGACACGUUUGUGGACUGAAGGUUGUUUCUUCUGUUUUAGUUCAGUUUUGAUGCCAUAAUUUGUCUGUAAAUGUCCAUGUUUCUAGAUAAGUGUGUCAUCCACGUUAAGUAACCUUAUAAUCAAGUCUGUUGGAGAUGCUAAACAUCUCCUCACAGUUUGAGGACAGUGUGUGAUGAUUUAGACACGCACUUAGCACCAUGCUAACUGGAGAGUUGUAAGCCUUCAUUACUUAUUAGCCACAUUAGCCUUGCAGCCCCAGCGAUACAAUUAAAGAAGCAAAGACACCGAACACGUCUUGGCUGAUCAAUUACAUUCGGGAUGGGGGUAACUGUGUUGAUGUAAAGGACAGCC